UUUUCAAAAACUAUGUUGUUUGGAUUCAGACAUUUAAGACAGUGAGAAACACUAACCUGGGGAUAAACCCAGGCCCAUGGAACAGAGAAAACUGAGAGUUCAGGCAGACCACUGUUCAAACCUGGCUUCACUCCUUAGGGGCAAACACUGCAACCUCUCUGUGCCUUGGUUUCCUCAUCUGUUCAAGGGGGAUAAUGUUAUUACCUUCUUUCUGGGGUCGUCUGAGGUCUUAAUGGGUUAAUGUAAAUUACCCACUUGGCACAGGGAACAGAUGGGAGAAAGCUGGAUAAGUGGCAGAUAUUUCUGACAAAACAAUCUCAUCCUUCUACCCCGGAUCCCACAUGUAGAAGUCAGGCAUUUGAAGUGGUUUAAGGGGUAGGGGUGAGUGGUUAGCUGUUGGCUCGACAGAACACUGGGGUUGGUUUGCUGUGUCACAUCGGCAGGGCCCCUGUUGGUGGCUGGCUGGACUUUGAGAUCUGUGUUCUAAGAUUCUGAGGAUUCAGCUCAGCUGAGGAGGGGAAAGGGCAGGAGAGGGGGUUCUGGGAGGCUGGAGGGCAGGGGGCCGGGAGGCUGCUGACAUCUUCAUGUUCCCUCCCUUCCCUGGCUUGGGGCCAGCUCAGCCAGCCCCCUCUCAGCAGGAGGCCUCCCUGUCCCCCAGGCGUCCCAAGCCCGGGGAACAAACAGCAGAUAAGUCAGGGAGGGGACAGCGGCCCUGGGCACGCCUCAGAGAGCGAGGCGCUGGGGGCAGCAUGGGCUGGCGCAGGGACAGAUAAAAUCCGCUGCUAGGAGCUGCCCCAGAGUAUAAUCGUCGCAGUCCCAGAGAGCUUUGGGAACUCGCCCGGGCCACACAGCGAGACCUGCACGGUCGCGGCCCUGCCCUCUGUGAGCCCGGGCCCCAUGUGGCAGCGCCCCACGUGCAGGUCCCAUCCAACUCUUUCCCUUCCGGGGGCGCCGCCAGUGAACGCUGCCGAUGCCCGCAGGUCGAGCACAGAGCUGCGCAAGGAGAAGUCCCGGGAUGCGGCCCGCAGCCGGCGCAGCCAGGAGACCGAGGUGCUGUACCAGCUGGCACACACGCUGCCCUUCGCGCGCGGGGUCAGCGCCCACCUGGACAAGGCCUCCAUCAUGCGCCUCACCAUCAGCUACCUGCGCAUGCACCGCCUCUGCGCGGCAGGGGAGUGGAACCAGGUGGGAGCAGGGGGCGAAGCUCUGGAUGCCUGCUACCUGAAGGCCCUGGAGGGCUUCGUCAUGGUGCUCACUGCCGAGGGAGACAUGGCUUACCUGUCGGAGAAUGUCAGCAAACACCUGGGCCUCAGUCAGCUUGAGCUCAUCGGACACAGUAUCUUUGAUUUCAUCCAUCCGUGUGACCAGGAGGAGCUCCAGGAUGCCCUGACCCCCCAGCAGAGCCUAUCCAAAAAGAAGCCGGAGGCCCCCACCGAGCGGUGCUUCUCCUUGCGCAUGAAGAGCACCCUCACCAGCCGUGGGCGCACCCUCAACCUCAAGGCAGCCACCUGGAAGGUGCUGCACUGCUCUGGACACAUGAGGGCCUACAAGCCCCUUGCACAGACUUCCCCAGCAGGGAGCCCCAACUUGGAGCCCCCCCUGCAAUGCCUGGUGCUCAUCUGUGAAGCCAUCCCCCACCCGGGCAGCCUGGAGCCCCCACUGGGCCGGGGGGCCUUCCUCAGCCGCCACAGCCUGGACAUGAAGUUCACCUACUGUGAUGAGAGGAUCGCGGAGGUCGCUGGCUACAGCCCUGAUGACCUGAUCGGCUGCUCCGCCUAUGAGUACAUUCACGCUCUGGACUCCGACGCCGUUGGCCAGAGCAUCCACACCCUGCUGAGCAAGGGCCAGGCAGUAACGGGGCAGUAUCGCUUCCUGGCCCGGAGUGGUGGCUAUCUGUGGACCCAGACUCAGGCCACAGUGGUGUCAGGGGGCCGGGCUCCCCAGUCUGAGAGUAUCGUCUGCGUCCACUUCUUGAUCAGCCGGGUGGAAGAGACCGGAGUGGUGCUGUCCCUGGAGCAAACGGAGCGACACUCUCGCAGACCCAUCCAGCGGGGCACCCCCUCACAGAAGGACGCCCCUAAUUCUGGGGACAGCCUUGAUGCCUCUGGUCCCCGGAUCCUGGCCUUCCUGCACCCCCCCGCCCUGAGUGAAGCCGCCCUGGCCGCUGACCCCCGCCGCUUCUGCAGCCCUGACCUGCGUCGCCUCCUGGCACCCAUCCUGGACGGGACUUCAGGAGCCGCCACCCCCAGCGUACCCCCAGCCACACGGCGCCCCCAAAGCCCUCUUCCGGCUGAUCUCCCAGAUGAACCACUCGUGAACAUGGAGAAUACACACAAACUCUUGGCCUCGGGGAAAGACCUUGAGGCUGUGGAGACGGAUCUAGAUAUAGCUCAGGACGUCGACACUCUGGAUCUGGAGAUGCUGGCCCCCUACAUCUCCAUGGAUGAUGACUUCCAGCUCAACUCCAGCGAGCAGCUACCCAGGGCCUUCCACAGACCUCCAGGCGCUGUCCCCCGGCCCCGUGCUCGGAGCUUCCAUGGCCUGUCGCCCCCAACCCCUGAGCCCUCCCUGCUGCCCCGCUGGGGGAGUGACCCCCGGCUGAGCUGCUCCAGCCCUUCCAGAGGGGACCCCUUGGCGCCCUCCCCCAUGGCUGGGGCUCGGAAGAGGACCCUGGCUCAGAGCUCAGAGGAUGAAGCCGAAGGGGUGGAGCUGCUGGGAGUGAGACCCCCAAAACGGUCCCCCAGCCCAGAACCCGAAAACUCCCUGCUGCCUCCCCUCAGCCUGAGUUUCCUUCUGACAGGAGGGCCAGCCCCAGGGAGCCAGCAGGAUGCCAGCACCCACCUCCUGGAACUGAGUGAGUCCCUGCGGCCCUUCCGAGAAAGAGCAAGCGCCUCACCUUGUACUCCAGUCUCUGCGGGGUCUGACCACUGCCUCAUCUCAGACCACACUCGGCUUCGCAUGCUCUGUUCCAGCCACGGUUACUGUCUUUUGGUUCAUUCUGUCCUUCAUACGUGUAACAAAGUUUUACUGAACACACAGUCAAUGCCAGGCACUGUCCUAGGAGCUGGAGACACAAUUGUGAACAAAAGCAGAGAUCCCUGCUGUCACAGGGCUGACAUUCCAGUGGGGAAGACAGUCCAGAAUAAAGACACAAAUAUAAGGGGCGUGAGAGAGGAAGAUAAGUGCUUCUAGGAAAAAAUAAUGCAUGCAAAGGAAAAGGGAACUCUGGGGUGGGGGGAUUUCAAUUUUAAGUGGCAUGAUUAAGAGUGGUCUCAUUGAGAAGGUGACAUUUGAGCAAAGACCUGAAGGAAGUGAGGGAGUGAGUGGUGACAAUUUCUGGGGGAGGAGCAUUCCAGGCAGAGGAACAGCUAAUGCAAAGGUCCUGAGGUGGGAGUAUUUCGCAAUUGGGGGAAACAAGGCCAGUGUAGCUGCAGCAGAGAGGAGGGGAGAAGGGUGGGGGGGCUGAUUGUGUGGGAACUCUGUAGGGCGUUGUGCUGACUUUGAAGUAAUCUCACUUGAGGAGACAGUCUCAGGGCCUUUGCAUAUGCGGAUCCUUCUGCUUGAAUACUUUCCCUUCUAUUCUUUGCUGAAUUAUUGCAUCCUUUAGAUCUCAGAUCAAAUAUUACCCUUACAUGAAGCCCUCCCUAACUUCCUAAGCCCGUGUCUCCAAACACUCAUCAUAGACCAGAUUUAUACGGGUGUUUGCCAUUAUUUGAUUUUUAGCCUUUCCCUGUGGCUGUGGGCUAUGCCCUAUUCUAUUGUCUGCAUGAGGCAGGGCAGUGGCUGGGCACAGAGCAGGGCCUCAGUACAUAUUUGUAAAGGAAGAGCUAAUAUUUAUCUAGCACUCACUCUGUGCCAAGUUUUGUGCAAAACCUAUUGUGUACUCGACCAGACUGCCAUCCUUCACUGGAACUCAGGGCAGGGAGUUUCAUCUGUCCUGCCGACUGCUGUGUCCUCUGUGCCUGGCACACAGCAGGUGCUCAAUAAAUAUUUUCUGAAUGGGUAAAUUCUCACGCGGGGGUUAGGUUUAAGUCUCCCUGUUUCCUGGGUAAUAGCAAGAGCUCACUUACUGAGUGCUUACCAGUACUAUUGUUCAAAGCACUUUACGUGGAUUCACUCAUUUCCUUCCCACAGCAGCCCUGGAAAGGAAGUAUUGUUGGCUCAUUUUACAUAUGAGAUAGCCCGAGGCACAGAGAGGUGAAAUCACCUGCCUCAGGUCACACAGCAAGUAAAUAGCAGAGCUGGGAUUCAAACUCAGGCUGUAUCUGGCUCCAGCCUUCUUAACUACUGCCUUAAACAUCCUGAGCACCUUGAGGUUCAGAGAAUAGAACCUGCCCAGGAUUCUACUACGAUUUGAAUCCAGGCAUGCCUGCCUCACCAUCCACACUUUUAACUGUCAGGAGGGGAAGACGGGUUUGGGUAGUAAUUCCCCACUGGUUGACCUUCCAUCUCCCCCCACAGGCCUGGGCCCCUCAAUGCUCUCUCUCUACCCGGAUGAGGACACCGCCGAGCCCAGGAGCCACUUCCAGCCAGCAGUAGGCCUGGCCCAGGCCAACUGAGCCAGCCCCUCUCCCCUUCUCCCUUCCACUCCCCAGAAAGGACCUCAACCACACUCCACGCCGGCAGCCAACGCACAGGAUGGGGGUACCACGAGAGGGGUUCCCUCUCUCCUCUCAGUGGCCCCCGCCCACCUUGGGCCUACCUCAGCCCUCACCCCUCUGCCCCCCGUGUCUGGGGGCUCUUUGGGGUGGUCUCAGCUCAGUGACCUCUGGGAGGGGGCCCCUGGAGCCCUCCUCCUCCUUCUCUCAGGACUUCCCUUGGGGUUCUCAAUACUGGUGACCUCAUCCCUUUCUCCAACUCUCCUGGCUUGAUUUUGGGUGACUAGGGGUGGGGGAGGUUGGGGUUCAGAUCUGUGUUUCUGGGCUCUGGGGAGUAUUGAUAACCAUAAUUGCAUUUCUUUUCUAUCCAUCUUUUAUUGUUAUUUUUCUUUUUGUUGUUUUUGUGAUAGGUUUUGAAUCGCUAUGUAUAGCCGGGGGUCCAUAAGAAUGCAGGACUCUGAUCCCCCCUCCUCCCUCAGGUGUUAAUGGGGGGGUGGGCUCUGGGGCAGCUCUCACCCCUAGCAACUUCUGAUCAGCCCCUUAGCCUCCCAAGUGGCCACCCCACUCUGCCUCCCCCACUGGGGACUUCUGCUGCCCCCAGCGUCGCCUGGACACUGGCUUCAUUUCCAGGGGUAGCCUCCAACUUCCUCUGCUCCCAGACCAGGCAACCUCUGGCUCUCUACGGUUCUAGACCACACAACUUCUGACCUGCUCUUCUAGACUGGCCCACCCCCAACAGAUCCUCCAAACCCCUCUGACUCCAAACCUCGCAACGUCCAGCUCGUUCUUGUUCUGGACCUCCCUACCUCCAGCACUGUCUCUUUCAUACUUCCGUGGUCUCCAAAGUUGUCUGGUUCUAGGUCUCAUGGCCUCCAAGUCCCUCAGGCUCCAGAGCCUACACCCACCAGAGUCCUCUGGUUCCAGAACUCACUCUUGACUUCCUCUCGUUGUAGACCUUUCCCUGUAAAUAAGUCUCCCUUGUACCAGAUGUCACAUGCUCUGACUCUUGCUGAUUCCAGCUCUUACAACCAACAACUGCUUCCGACUCUGGACCCCAUGACCCAAGCUUCACAUUGGUUCUAGUCUUCCUGAUCCAGAAUACACCUGGCUCCAAAUACAGACUUCGGAAUUUCUAAAUCAUUUUGGUGGGAUGCUUCACGAUGCCCAGCUCCUUCCUUUUCAACUUUCUACCCUCAAGACUUGUUUUUCCAAUCAAAAAGAAGUAAAAUGAGUUUUAUGUCAGUCUUAUAACCAUUAUAGUACUUUCAGGCCAGACACCAUGCUCUAGGUGUCUUCUGCUCCAGACCUUGUGACCUCCACUGAUUCGAGACUACACAACUUUUAGAACUUGCAGUUCCGAAGACCCUGAUUCCAGAUCUGCGGAUCUCACUUUUCUCUGAUUCUUGAACUUGGCUUCAGAUGUCUUCCAAUUCCAGACCUCACCCUAUCAAUUCCCUUGGUUCUAGGACUCACAAUCUCCAGUUAAUUCUCCACAUCUUAUGACUCCAAAUUACUCUAGAUGUAGAACUUAGCCUUCAGACUUCUGAUUAUAGACCUUGCCUUUACGAAUUUUUCUGGUUCUACACCCUAUAAUGCCCAACUCCUGAUUCUAGAUCUUAUGACUCCAAAAUCUCUCUGGUUCUAGAACUCAGUCCUCAGAGUUCUUUGAAUUCUGUUUUUAUUCUAUAGAUUCCUCUGGAUCUAGGCCUCGCAGCCUCCCACUGUCUCUGAUUUCAGAUCCAAAUUCUUUUGGUUCAAGAACUCAGCCUCUAGGUGCUUCUGAUUCUAGAAUCUGGACAUCACCCUGUGGAUUCCUCUGGUUCAGAAUCUUAUGACCUCUGACUCUCUGAUUCCAGACCCUGUCCUCUCAGCUUUAUUCUGGGCUUCCUACCCUACUCAACGAUCUGUCGGAAGUCUUCCCAUUCCAGGUCCUUCUGCUAGUGGACCUCAUGCUCAAGGUUUGCCAUCCUCGAACUCAUAUCCCUACAGUUUCCUUGUCUUAGAACCACCACCACCUCCCCUCAGCUCUCCAGGGAUGCACUUACCUUUACUUUACCCCAGGUAACUGGGGUACCUGGGGCUCCCUUACAGUCCAGGAGACUUCCCCAGCCGCACACACACACACACAC